AUGCCCGCAUCCCGAUCUCCCCAAUCCGAUUCGGCUCAAAUCGGCAAGAUUUCGAGCCAACUGUCACGCGGCUGGAGCCUCACUUUUGUCUGCCCUCCAACAGCUUCCGCAUCACUCUCAUCCACACUACCUCUCUUCCUCAACUUCAUCCUUUGGUGCGGCUCAGGAUCUACGAGCACGAUGUACUGUCUUCGGUGGUGGAUCCCGCUGUUCCUGCUGCCGUUCCCGCACGCGUCGCCUUUGUUCCUGGUGCUGUUCCUCGUGUCGUUUGCACUGCACUCACAGCCAUGCAUCUACUGCGCACUCAUCCUAACGGGUCUCUUCACCACCUCGUCCAACUGGUACGGCCCCACAUCCACCAUUGUCCCCGCCAUCAAUGCUGCAAAUCACACCGCACAGCCACGCGCGAGCUAUGGCUGGAUCGACCUCGGUCUCUCCGGCGGAAACGGCUUCUUUAACCCCCUAGCACGACCACGUGCGUCAACACCAACACCACCUGCGAAUGAGGAUCAAGUAGACGACGGGCUCUUCAGGCUGGCGAUACCCUGGUCGGACUUGGAAUGGAACGUGCCCAAGCGGUUUCAUGUCGGACCGAGCAAGCACCAGGGCUUGGGGUUCUGGAUCGACCUCGGCCCAAAGCUCGAUUCACCAGCUCAGCCGGCUAUGCAAGCAGCAUCCACACUAUCUCCAACCGAUACCUCGUCGCAACACACAGAACUCUGA